AUGCUGGCGCAGUUUGGACAGUUUAUGGAUCACGACAUCACCCGGACGGGCACAACCAAAACUCACAACGACGAACAGAUCAGCUGUUGUAGUGAGCAAGUGCUUCGAAAUGCUCGCCUUUUGCAUCCUGCCUGCUUUCCCAUUGUCGUCCCGCCUGAAGACGCUUUCCUGCGCGCCGAGUCGCAGCAGUGCAUCAACUUUGUUCGCUCUGCGCCGGCCAUCAAUCCAAAGUGCCGCUUUGGACCGAGAGAGCAGCUGAACCAGCUUAGCUCGUACAUCGACGGCACCAACAUCUACGGCGCAAACGACGCCGAGGCUCGCGAGCUGCGCGCCUUCUCCGGCGGCCGCCUCAAGGUGUCCACCGUCAACUCUGAGGAGUUCCUGCCCAUGAAGCCGGCCAAUGACACCAACUGCCAGCUGCCCAAAGGAGGCGGCGGCGGCUUGCCGCAGAUGCGCUGCUUCGCCGGCGGCGACAAUCGCGUCAACGAGGUGGUCGACCUGGCGGUGCUGCACAACGCCUGGAUGCGCGAGCACAACCGCAUCGCCGGAGAGCUCUCCCAGCUGAAUACCCACUGGAGCGACGCCACCCUCUACGAGGAGACAAAGCGCAUCGUCGUCGCCCAGCUGCAGCACAUCCUCUACGACCAGUUUCUGCCGCUCAUUCUCGGUCCGCGAGCCUUUGCCCAUUUCAGCCUGGGACUGAGCGGCGGUGGCUUCAGCAACCGCUACAAUCCCAUCAUCGACGUGACGGUGCUCAAUGAGUUCUCCACGGCCGCCUACCGCCUGCACUCGCUGGUGCAGGGCAUGCUGCACCUGAACUCGGCGGACAAUCAGGUGCUGGCGAGGGUGCCCCUGCACGAGCAGUUCAACAAUCCGCGCAUUCUCUACCACCAGGGCGGCUAUGAGAUGCGCAUUGCCGGACUCACCGGACAGCCCAUUCAGCGAUUUGACAACUUCUUCAGUCGCGAGAUCACCAACCACCUCUUUCAGAUACCGGGCAAGCGCUUCGGCCUCGACCUGGUGGCGCUGAACAUUCAACGUGGUCGCGACCACGGCCUUCCCGGCUACGUCAAGUAUCGCGAGAUAUGCGGCCUCUCGCGGGUCAACUCUUUUGACGACCUGAAGCGGAUCUUCUCCAACGGCCAGGUGGCCGAUGUCAUGGCGCAACUUUAUCGCCACGUCGAGGACAUUGACCUCUUCAUUGCGGGCAGCAGUGAGAAGGUGUUGCCCGGAGCGGUGGUCGGGCCCACCUUUGCCUGUAUCAUUGGCGAGCAGUUUAGGCGAUUUAAAGAGGGUGAUCGUUUCUGGUACGAGAACGGCCCCAACGAGGUAGGCUCAUUCACGGCGGCUCAGCUGGCUGAGCUGAAGAAGGCCACCCUGUCACGGGUGCUCUGUGACAACAGUCGCAUUGAGAUCAUGCAGAGGAAUGCCUUCCUCAUGCCUAGUUCAAAGUAA